CUGACAGCUAGGGUUGCCUGUAGUGGUAGUAGUCGAUGUUUUUUCACUCUAACAAUACGAAGGAAAGAUAAGAUUAAAUGUAUAAUUUAUUUAUUCUGUAAUUAUUUUAGUCAAUUCUGAACUUUUUACUUUUAAAGAUAAUUUCAUUAAUCUAUUUGUGUUUAAGACAAUCCGAAAUAUUAUGAGUUUGUUUGUGGAUUUCUAUGAUUUUAAGUUACUAUAAAAAACACCAAAAAAGUAUUGAAAUAUUUAAAAUUAUUAGUUAACAGUAGGUAGUAUGAGGAGACACCUUUGCUUUAAUAAAAAUUAAACAAGUAAUGUCAGUCUGCCUGUCAUCAUAUGUCAAAUCAAAGGCCGUCGCGUAGUUCUUUUACCUGACUGAAAAAUCAAGAAAAUCGCUGAAAACAUAAUAACUUUGCUGAUUCCCAUUGAGUAUUUUGCAGAACUAAUAUUAAGCAUAAUAUUCAUGUUAAAUAGCUCCUUAUAGAACUGUUUACAAACGUUUAUAUUUGGCCGAUUCAGUUUAUUUUGAAAUCACAAUAUUAUGGUGGAACUCUGUAUAAUAACUGAAUAAGUUCUUUGUGAUUUGCUUUCGUUACUUCUAAUAUUAAGAUGUCUGCAGAAGAAGAUGAUAGCACCUGGUUGAUUGAAUUAGAGUCUGCACUCUUGGAUGGAUGUACAGCACAACAAAUUAACAUUCUUACAAAAGGAAAGAAAAUACCGGAAACCUUACGCCCUGAUGUUUGGUUGCUUUGUCUCAAUUGUCAGGAUGCUGUUAAUCAGUUGCUGUUAUUUGAUGAAAUAUUUGAUUUACCCAACCAGACUGAAUUAAGGGAUGAUGUGAAAAAAUUUGUAAAUAGAUUGGGCAAUGACGAAGACGACAAACUGGCAGUAAUCUCUGAUAUUGAAUCAAUUAUCACAUUUUAUUGCAAAUCAAAUAAUGUCAAUUAUAAUUCUAAUAAUGGUUGGAUUGAAAUUCUAUUACCAUUAUUGAGUUUGAAAUUACCAAGAUCAGAUACAUAUAACUUAUUUGAAAGAAUACAAAAGCUAUACAUUCCAAAAGGCUGUACAAAAAAUGGUGUACCAUUCCAUAUAUUAAGAUUGAUACUGCAGUAUCAUGAUCCUGAAUUGUGUUCUUUUUUAGAUACAAAACGAAUAACACCUGAACUAUAUUGCUUACCAUGGUUAAGGUCAUUAUUUGCUGGUCCUUGUAAUUUAGAAGUGGUACUUUUUAUGUGGGAUUUGUAUUUUCAGAGAUCAGACCCAUUCUUUAUUUUUUUUCUGUGUUUGAUUAUGAUUAUCAAUGCAAAAGAACAGCUACUGCAAAUGAAAAAUGAUGACAAGUCAGACAUAAUUGCAACAUUAAAAAACAUGCCAGCUGAUUUAGAAGCCAAUGACGUAUCUGAUUUUUGUUCAUUGGCUCAUUACUAUUCCUUAAAAACACCAUUGUCUUUUAGAGAAGAUGUUAUUGAUUUGUUAUUCUCACAAAGUAAUGUUGAAAUCAAUUCUAAACUUUACUCCCAAGCAUUAUGUCUCCCUGUUGCUGUACAUGAAUUAAUUGAAAGUGCUACAGUAGAUGCGUCUGAUAUGGAUAAUGUGAAAUUCUUUUUGGUUGAUUGCCGCCCUGCUGAGCAGUACAAUUCAGGACAUUUAUCAACUGCCUUCCAUUUAGAUUGUAAUUUGAUGUUGCAAGAACCUAAUGCCUUUAAUACCGCAGUUCAAGGCCUACUUAAUGCACAAAGACAAGCUUUAGCUGCAGGUUCACUUGCAGCUGGUGAACAUCUCUGUUUUGUUGGUUCAGGACGCACUGAAGAAGAUAGUUAUGCUCAUAUGGUUGUCGCAUCAUUUCUUAAACGUAACACUAAACAUGUGUCUAUGUUGGAAGGUGGUUUUGUUGCUAUACAUGAUUAUUUUGGUCCACACAUGACGGAUUGCUUAGAAGAACACAAUCCUUCUACAUGUUUAGUCUGUGCUCCUAAUAAUAAUAAUGAAGGUCAUGCAUUAAUAACCACUAAAGUAAGAGAGAAUGUACCAGCUAUUCAGUUAUUUAGCAAACUAUCAACAGCAAUGAAAAAUAAAAGUCAAGAAGUCAAAGGAAAACUUAUUGAAUAUAUAGUUAAUCCAAAUGCUACUAUUAAUAAUGGAGAAUGGCACGUAUCAGCUAAUGAUAAGAAAGAACAACGAUAUAGAAAUGUUCCACCUGUGUUCAGUAUAAAUGAUGAAGAUGAUGACUCCCGUUCUGAUAGUCGAAAAGAUACAGCUGAUUGUGAAUCAUUAGAAGAAACAGUUGAUAUCCAGACAUAUAUAAAGGAACACAAUGUUGUGAGCACUUUUCCAUGCCAAGAGGUGUUAAUUAAUGGUUAUAUGCAUGAUUCACAUCUAAUUGUUACUGAAACACAUUUGGUGGUUCUAAGAGACAUUCCUAACAAAAAAGGGAUGGGAAAAGUCAUGUCUAGGAGGCCACUAUCAACUAUUGUUAAAAUCACAGCCAAAAAGAGACAUCCAGAAUUGAUAACCUUUAAAUAUGGCAUUCCAGAUGGUGAUAACUUGUUGAUCAAAGAUAUGGAUCGUUUUCUUAUUCCCAAUGCUUCAGUAGCUACUAGAGUUGUCUCCAAUCAGAUUGUUCAGCAGUUUGAUAAUAAAGGACAAUAGUGAUAAUGGUAUUGCAAAACAACUCUUAUUGUAACAUUAUAUUUUCUGAAAAAUUGGCAUCAGUUCUGUUUUACGACUCUAAAUAAUGUAAUUUUAAUUUGGGUUUAACAUUAUUCCACAGUCAUUUGCCACCAAAGAAUUAUAAUUAUAUUCCUAAAUACUAUAUGAUAACAAGUUUUCUCUUGAAAAUAAUGUUUGAAAAGGUUAAAAUUAAAUUUAGUCUGUGUAACAGAAUUGCCACUACUUUUUGUAAAUUGAUACUAAAUUAUUUAAAAUUUAUCCUUGAGUAGACUACCUCCACAUUACAUACCUCACCUAGUAUACACCCUACUUUUUACAGCGGCCUGUACAUUUCUUAGUCG